CUAGCAGACCGGGUUUGUUGGCAGCUUUCACAAGCCUGCCAGACAAUAUUGUACCCAAACUUCCUAGGAAUCCGUUGUUGAGCUCUCAGGAGUUCAGGCUCGGCUCUUCCUAGUAGUAGAAGCCAUUUUCUGGCUUCUAAAACAAUCUUGUAAUUUUAAAGUUUGUCUGUGAAUGUCUUGACGUUUUGUCGGACUACACAUCAGGAUGUGGAGAGAGGCUUUGAUAGCCCUUUUGGCUCUUGCAGCCGUGAUACACGCUCAAGUUGAGAGCGAAUGCUAUAAUGAAGAUGGUGACGAAGUUGCCGACGGCGAUAGUUGGAUUCCGGACAGAACUGACCCAUGCUAUGUUUGCACGUGCAGGCGCACAAAAGCUAUCUGCAAGGACACCGCGUCCUCCUGUCAGUCUAUCGACUGUGGUGAUGAUGAGCCUGUGAAGCCAGUUGGUGUAUGCUGUGCCUCGUGUCCAGAGAAAGCAUCCAACACAGAGCAGGAAAUGCUCAGUGAUGAAGCAUCAGAGGGGGGAUCUGAUAUAGCUAAGUCACGUAAGCGUAGACAGGUCGGAGGCACUCGACGUCGUACUAGUACCAGAAGACCUGCCAGUAGACGUACUGGUAACUUUAGAACUAGAGGCGGAAGUAGCACUGGUGGCGCUGGUGGUAAACCUGGCAGUAGCUUCAGUUUUAGUUCAGGUGGUGGUGCCGGUGGUGGUGCCGGUGGUGGUGCCGGUGGUGGUGCCGGAGGUAAACGAAGGGGUGGUGGGACAGGAAGUAGUUUUAGUUCAGGUGGUGGUGCCGGUGGUGGUGCCGGUGGUGGUGCCGGUGGUGGUGCCGGUGGUAAACGUAGAGGUGGUGGGACAGGAAGUAGUUUUAGUUUCGGAACUGGUGGCGGUGCUGGUGGCGGUGCUGGUGGCGGUGCUGGUGGCGGUGCUGGUGCCGGUGCUGGUGCCGGUGGUAAACGUAGAGGUGGUGGGACAGGAAGUAGUUUCAGUUUCGGAACUGGUGGCGGUGCUGGUGGCGGUGCUGGUGGCGGUGGCGGUGCCGGUGGCGGUGCCGGUGGUAAACGUAGAGGUGGUGGGACAGGAAGUAGUUUUAGUUUCGGAACUGGUGGCGGUGCUGGUGGCGGUGCUGGUGGCGGUGGCGGUGCCGGUGGUGGUGCCGGUGGUGGUGCCGGUGGCGGUGCCGGUGGUGGUGCCGGUGGUGGUGCCGGUGGUAAACGUAGAGGUGGUGGGACAGGAAGUAGUUUUAGUUUCGGAACUGGUGGCGGUGCUGGUGGCGGUGCUGGUGGCGGUGCUGGUGGCGGUGCUGGUGGCGGUGGCGGUGCCGGUGGUGGUGCCGGUGGUAAACGUAGAGGUGGUGGGACAGGAAGUAGUUUUAGUUUCGGAACUGGUGGCGGUGCUGGUGGCGGUGCUGGUGGCGGUGGCGGUGCCGGUGGUGGUGCUGGAGGGAAACGUACUGGUGGUACAGGCGGUACAGGCGGUACAAGAGGGACCGGGGGCAAAACAGGAAGCAGUUUCAGUUUUGGUACAGGGGGUGGAACCGGUGGUACACGUGGUACAGGUGGUACAGGUGGUACAGGUGGAACAGGUGGAAAAACAGGAAGCAGUUUCAGUUUUGGUACAGGGGGUGGAACCGGAGGUACACGUGGUACAGGUGGAACAGGUGGUACAGGUGGUACAGGCGGAAAAACAGGAAGCAGUUUCAGUUUUGGUACAGGGGGUGGAACCGGUGGUACAGGUGGUACAGGUGGUACAGGUGGUACAGGCGGAAAAACAGGAAGCAGUUUCAGUUUUGGUACAGGGGGUGGAACCGGUGGUACAGGUGGAACAGGUGGAACAGGUGGUACAGGUGGUACAGGUGGAAAAACAGGAAGCAGUUUCAGUUUUGGUACAGGGGGUGGAACCGGUGGUACACGUGGUACAGGUGGAACAGGUGGUACACGUGGUACAGGUGGAACAGGUGGAACAGGUGGAACAGGUGGUACAGGUGGAAAAACAGGAAGCAGUUUCAGUUUUGGUACAGGGGGUGGAACCGGUGGUACACGUGGAACAGGUGGUACAGGUGGUACAGGUGGUACAGGUGGAAAAACAGGAAGCAGUUUCAGUUUUGGUACAGGGGGUGGAACCGGUGGUACACGUGGUACAGGUGGAACCGGUGGUACACGUGGUACAGGUGGAACAGGUGGUACAGGUGGUACAGGUGGAAAAACAGGAGGGGGCUUCACAUUUGGUUCUGGGAGUGGGACAGGUGGCUCUAGUGGAACAAGAACUGGUGGCUCAAGAACUAGUGGCUCAAGCUCAGGUUCUAGUGUUUCCGAUAAAGCUUUGAAUAUUGGUUCAAGAUCCGGCACGGGAGGUACAGGUAGUAGUUCAAGGGGUGGCUCUUCUGGCAGGCGUGGUUCAUCAGGGUCUGGCGGUAGUGGGGCUAGUGGUACAGGUGGUGGCGCUAGUGGUACUAGAGGUACAGCAGGCUCGUCCGGUAGCAGGUCUAGUGGAUCUAGUGGAUCACGGUCAUAUAGCACAUCUGGAGCGUCAGGUAGUCGGACUCGUUCCAGUUCCAGUUCCAGUAGGUCGUCUUCCUCUAGAGGCAGCAGCCGCUCCUACAGUACUUCCAGUGGUCGUUCUAGAAGUAGUGGUGGUGGCGGCAGACGCCGCACUGCCCAGAACACACAAGGCAAUGUCAAGGCCGGACCCGCCUACUCUCCACAGUACUACUCACCAGGUGCUCCAGGCCCACGGGGACCCCCCGGACCCCCCGGUCAAUCUGGACCCCAGGGAUUCCAAGGAAUGCGCGGAGAGUCUGGCGACCCAGGCCCACCCGGUUCCACUGGUCAACGUGGUUUCGCUGGACCCCCCGGCUCCGCUGGUCUUGAUGGCGAGGAGGGUAUGCCUGGAGACCCAGGUCCCUCAGGACCCCUUGGAUCACCUGGAUCAUCUGGACGCCCAGGAAUGCCAGGAAUGCCUGGGCCCAAAGGACACAGGGGACCUUCUGGUCGCCCCGGUCGUGACGGAGAGGCUGGAAAGCAAGGAGACAAAGGUAUAACCGGUGCAGGUGGACCCCCAGGAUCUUCUGGACCCCAGGGACCCCGUGGUUCCCCCGGAGAGAGAGGUCGUGAUGGAAGCCCCGGAUCCCCCGGUAUCCGUGGAGAGGACGGUAUGGCUGGUAACUCUGGAUCUGCAGGACCUAUUGGACCCCCCGGACCUCCUGGAUUCCCUGGAUCAUCUGGAGCUAAGGGAGAUGCUGGUCAGUCUGGAGAUCGUGGCCCAAUGGGAUCAUCCGGUGCCCCAGGAAACAAUGGCGCCGCCGGUCAACCUGGUCAGCCUGGAAGGCCUGGCUCUUCUGGUGAUGACGGCAACCCUGGUACUAAGGGUGAGAUGGGACCCGCUGGUGGCCCCGGUUCUCCUGGCUUCCCUGGCCCCCAGGGACCCCCCGGAGCCGCUGGAGCCCAAGGAGCUGCUGGAAACAAAGGAGAUCAGGGACGUGACGGAAGCCCCGGUAGCCAGGGAGAGGUUGGAGCUGCUGGUCAAUCCGGUGCACAAGGAGAGAGAGGUCUGCCUGGACUUCCUGGUCAGGAGGGAAAGAGGGGACCCCUAGGAGCAGGAGGACCACCCGGACCACCCGGACCUAACGGUGAAAGGGGACUUCCCGGAACUCCCGGAAUGUCUGGACGCCCCGGUUCUGCAGGAGUAGCUGGAAAGGAUGGAGCACGUGGUCUUCAGGGAGAACGCGGAGAGGCUGGACAACAAGGUGUCGCUGGAGCCCCCGGAAGCGCUGGACAGACCGGAGCUCGUGGUGCCCCAGGAUUCCCUGGUGCCGACGGUGCCCCUGGUGAGCGUGGACCCGCUGGCAACCCCGGAGUUGAUGGUAACCCAGGAGAACAGGGACCCCAGGGCAUCCAGGGACCACCAGGUCUUCAGGGCCCAUCUGGAAAUAAGGGAGAUACUGGUCCUUCAGGAAAGGAUGGCGAUGUUGGCCGACCCGGAGCAGUAGGACCCCGUGGAGAGAGAGGACCCGCCGGAGAAGCUGGCCUUGAGGGACCCCCAGGAUCACCCGGCGCUGAAGGAGAGAUUGGAGCAGCCGGUCGUCCUGGUGAGCAAGGAUUCCAGGGUCUCCCCGGCCCCGCCGGACCCCCCGGUGAAGCUGGACGCCCAGGACCUAUUGGUGAGAGUGGAAUCCCCGGAGAGCCUGGCGCAAGCGGAGAGAGAGGUGAGCGCGGUGCCCCCGGAGAGGUUGGCGUUUCUGGAUCACGUGGUGCCCCAGGAGAGAGAGGACCAGGUGGACCAUCUGGAGAAGUCGGACAAGCUGGACCACCCGGACCCGCCGGAGCAAGAGGAGAUGCUGGCGCACAGGGACUUAUCGGUAUGCCUGGCGAGAGAGGCCCACUAGGACGCCCCGGAGCUCAAGGAAACAGGGGUCUGACUGGUGAGCGUGGACAGGAUGGAGAGGCUGGACGCCCCGGCGAGGCUGGAGCCCCAGGAUCCCCCGGUCAACCCGGACCUUCAGGACUUGUCUCUGCCAAGGGAGACCGCGGAGAAUCUGGACCCGCUGGUGAGCCCGGUCCACCAGGUUCAUCUGGACAGAGAGGACCCUCAGGAGCCCAGGGACCACAGGGACCAACUGGUCUUUCAGGACCUACAGGAGAGAUGGGUCAAACAGGAUCCGAUGGAAAUGAUGGUGCUAAGGGCGACACCGGAGCACGUGGAUAUCCAGGCGAGGCUGGACCAAUCGGAGCACCAGGAAACGAAGGACGCGAGGGCAGGAAGGGCGGCCGUGGAUCUGGUGGUAUUCCCGGCAACUCUGGUACCCCAGGAGACCCAGGACGUGCUGGACCCCCUGGCUCCCCUGGCGCUCAAGGACCCCCCGGACCCUCAGGAGCUACUGGACUGUCCGGAGACGGAGGAGAGCGUGGUGAGACUGGACCCCCCGGACGUUCCGGUGAGCCUGGCGCUCCUGGAAUGCCUGGUCUGGAUGGUGCCCAAGGAGAGAGAGGAUCUUCAGGACUCAACGGUCCAUCUGGACCUCCCGGACCAGUAGGACCCCAAGGAGAACGCGGUGCCAACGGAUUCCCAGGUUCUCAGGGAGAGGCUGGUGCUGCUGGACCCCCAGGAUCUGCUGGAGAGCCCGGACUUCGUGGAGACAAUGGAAAUGACGGUGCCCCAGGACAAGCCGGACCUCCAGGACCUACCGGACCUGCUGGCUACCCAGGAGAGACUGGACAACCCGGAUCCCCAGGCAAGGAUGGACCACUUGGACCUGUUGGACGCUCAGGAUCAAAGGGAGGUCGUGGACCUGCUGGAGCCAGUGGACCACCAGGCCUCAAUGGACCCGUUGGCGCACCAGGAAACUCAGGACCCCCCGGACCUUCUGGAGAACGCGGCGAGAGGGGAGAGCUUGGCCCCAGUGGACCUUCUGGUUUAACCGGACAACGUGGACCUGCUGGUGCCCGUGGUGCUGCUGGAGAUAAGGGAGAGUCUGGAUGGGAUGGAGCUAAGGGAGACAAGGGCUGGCCAGGUAUGCCUGGACCCCAAGGACCUCCCGGACCUCUUGGAAGCAAUGGAGACCCCGGCCCACCCGGACCUCCCGGAGUUGCUGGUCAAAAUGGAAAGUCUGGAAGCCGCGGACGUCCAGGACGUAGUGGAAGCCCAGGACAACAAGGACCUGCCGGACCUUCUGGUGCCCGUGGACCUUCUGGUGAUGACGGACUCAGUGGACCAUCCGGACCUUCUGGACCCCCUGGACCUCCUGGACCCCCCGGCUACGGACCAGUAUAUUCACCUCAGCCAAGCUGGAACAAGGGACCAGACCCAUACCAAUAUGAUGAGCCAGAGGGCGGUAUGGCCGUGUACGAGAACCUCAACAGAGUCAGGGAGGCCAUCGUCCGUGUAGGACACUCCAGACUCGGCAGCCGUACUUCACCAGGCAAGAACUGCAGGGACAUCAAGCUCAGCAACCCCGACUUCAAGGAUGGCGAGUACUGGAUCGAUCCUAAUGGCGACUCUGCUCUUGACGCCCUGAGGGUAUUCUGUAGAAUGGAGACCCUUGAGACUUGCAUCAAGCCCAAGAUAACUGAGUACCGUCGUGAUCGCUGGACAAAGGACAGCACCAGUGGCCAAUACUUCAUGUCCGAUGUCUUCGGCAAGAUGAAGGAGUUCAAGUACGACAUCGACGUCAAGCAGAUGAAGGUUCUCCAGUUCGACUCCCAGAGCGCCCGCCAGGGAGUAACAUACCACUGCCUCAACUCCCACAGCUACGGCACCCGCUUCAUCACCGAUGCCGGCGACGAGCUUGACUCAGCUGAGGGUAGAUUCAAGAGGACAACAUACAUCGACAUCGUAGAGGGAGACUGUGAAACUGUAUCAUCUAAAGAUAACCAAUGGCAUAGAAACAGAUAUGAAGUUAGGACCAACAAAUCAGAACUAUUGCCUUUAGUCGAUGUCUUGCUAUUCGAUAUUGGUGGAGAAAACCAACAAUUUGGCAUCGACGUAGGAGAGGUGUGCUUCAGCUAAACCGACAAGAUACAUAGCUAAUUUGCAUAAUUUAAUUUUUUUGGUGCUAUGGGGCCAAACGUUUUCAAGGAGAAUCAUCCAUGUUAGUGGUCUGUAUUUUCUAUGCCCAAAUCAAAUUCCGUCCACAUGUUGUAUGCUAGUAUUAUUAAAGAUCACGUGAAUGUAGGACCUCGUUCUGACUUUGAUGACCUCAUUGUUACCAAGGCAACUGUGAUGCAAUCCACCAAUGACAUUUGGCGGGGAAACAACACUCAACUGUGAUGUAAAUAUUGUGAUACAACAACUCUAACACUGCCACGAUUGACUCACACCUCGCCAAAAAUCUGGGAUGAACCUCAAGGAAAACUUAUCAUUUUAUCCAAGAAAUAUUAUCAUUCGAUUACUCCAUGUCCAUUUACAAUAACAUCUUUCAUUGUCGGUGCGAAGCUGAAAGGGGAAAUAAAAUUAAAAAAUUA